AUGCAAUAUAGAGUCUAUGAGUGUGCUGCUGAUGAUUCAAGUUUCUCUUUGGCCUUUGGGCCGACCUCGAUGGACACCAAAGUCCGAAUGAAAACACAAAGCAUCCUCCGUGGACCACUUAGAUGGCAGUAUGAUGAUGACGAGCCAGUCUCUCCGAUGAUCUGUCUUCUCUGUUGCCUGCGUGCAACGAAAGGAGAUUCUUACAGCCCACAGACCCAGUUUUUAAAGACUCUGCUAAGCCACCAGGAAGGACCCAUUAGGUUGAGACUAUCGAGGUCACCAAACAUGCCUAUCAAGACACCCUGUGUUAAGGAAGAGUCGACCUUGAGGUAA